AUCCCAGUCGGCGAUGUCGGCGCCCUCCGCGGAGCCCCGGGGGUGGGCGUCGGGUCCCCGCAUCACGCCGGAGGUGCUGCGCGAGACGCUGCUCUACUACAACCUGAGCCGGCAGGACUUCCUCAGCACGUACAACAUCCAGCCGCUGGUGUACGUGGCCGAGCUGCCGCGGGGCGCCAAGACCGGCUUGGUGGUGGUCUACGCGCUGAUCUUCGCGCUGGCGCUGGCCGGCAACGGUCUGGUGGUCUCGGUGGUGCUGAAGAAGCGCGCCGUGCGCACCGCCACCGACGUCUUCAUCUGCUCGCUGGCCGUCAGCGACCUGCUCAUCACCUUCUUCUGCGUGCCCUUCACUUUGCUGCAGAACAUCACCUCGCAGUGGCUCGGAGGCGUGUUCGUGUGCAAGACGGUCCCCUUCGUGCAGACCACGGCGGUGGUGACGGGCAUCCUCACCAUGACCUGCAUCGCCAUCGAGAGAUACCUCGGCAUCGUCUUCCCGCUCCGAAUGAGGCGGCAGUCCACGUCCAGGAGAGCGUACAAGAUGCUGGGUCUCGUGUGGACGGCCUCGGUGACGGUGGGCUCGCCGAUGUUGUUUGUGCAGCAGCUCAAAGUCAAGUACGACUUUGUGUACGAGCGCCACCACGUGUGCUGCCAGGAGAUGUGGCGCUCGCCGACCGACCGGCAGGCCUACAGCACCUUCAUCAUGGUGGCCCUGUUCCUGCUUCCCCUGGCCGCCAUGCUCUUCCUCUACAGCCGCAUCGCCUUUGAGCUGUGGAUCCGCAAGCGGGUGGGCGACUCGUCGGUACUCGACACCAUGAAUCAGCGGGAGCUGGUUAAGAUGGACAGGAAAAAGAAGAGAGCCGUCAAGAUGAUGAUCGUCGUCGUUCUGCUCUUCACCAUUUGCUGGGCUCCCUUCCACACGGUCCACAUGCUCUUUGAAUACUACGACUUGGAGAACAAAUACGACGACGUGACGCUCAACACCAUCGUCGCCGUCGUGCAGGCCGUCGGCUUCUUCAACAGCUUCAACAACCCCAUCGUGUACGCCUUCAUGAACGAGAACUUCAAGAAGAGCUGCGUCUCGGCGCUCUCCACGUGCGCGCGGCAGCCCGGCCGGCACGCCGGCGUGCCGGCCGGGCUGCCGCGCGUGCAGUUCAUCAAACCGCAAACCAGAGAGGCCUUCCCGGAGUCGGACACGGGCGGGGCCCCGAAGCGGCGCCAGGCGGCCGAAGGUCCGCCCGCUUCGUCGCGCGCCGAGAGCUCCUUGGGGGGUGCCGGGGAAAAGCUCUCCACCGUUCAGACCGAGCUCGCCGCCAACGCCGACUCUCAGACGAAAUGAGCGCCGAGGACUCAGUCGACGUUCGCACAAGCUCGUUUGGAUUGCGUAGAAUACAAAAUGAGAGUUUUACAAUGAAUUGGAAACGGGGCCGGUCCGACGGUGGUCCGGUUCGACCGCGGCCACGAGAUCCUUCCGUCCUUGACGAACUUCAGGGUCAAAUGUGGCCGCCGCCGUUUCGCGAUUGUGUUUGCUUCGUGGUGCCGUUUACAGUGAACGUGAUCUUCCCGUCCAAAUGUGAAAUUGUUUAUGAGUUAUGUAAAUAUAUUUCAAAAAGCAAAAGGCAGUAACAAAGGACAAAAGAAUACAAGUUUCAGAAAAAAAAAAAAAGCAUUCGCACAACCACAAUUUUUUCCGAUGAGUGCCCAGCGUACAGACAUUUAUGACGUCAUUAAAUAU